AGCCGGGCGCGCAGUUUCACGUGGGCCACAUGUCAGCCGCACGAGCCCCUACCCGCCUCGGCCAUCUCCGGCCAUCUCCUCUCCUCCACCAAUCCUCCUCCGAUCCAAUCCCCGAGUCUCGACGCCGCCGCAUGCCGCCGUUGCUGCCGCCGUUUGCCUAGGCCUCUGCCGCCCCCAUCGCCGGCGCGAUGGGGAACACCUGCGCCGGCCCCAGCGCCGGCCCCAGCGCCACGGCGGACCGCCACGGAUUCUUCAGCACCGUCUCCGUCGCCGUACUGUGGCGCCCCGGCGCCGCCCGCGCCGAGCCGGCGGUCCCACCGCCCGACUCCUGCCCCUCCAUGUGCUCCUCCACCUCGUCCGCGGGCCCCGAUCUCGACGACUCCGACCUCUCCCCUCCCUCCUCCGACCCAAACAAGCCCAAGGUAAAGCGCGUCCAGAGCGCCGGCCUCAUCGCCGAAUCCGUCCUCAAGCGCGACUCAGAGCGCAUCAAGGACCUCUACACCCUAGGCAAGAAGCUGGGGCAGGGCCAGUUUGGCACCACCUACAAGUGCGUCGAAAAGGCCACGGGGAAGGAGUUCGCCUGCAAGUCCAUCGCAAAGCGGAAGCUCGUCACCGAGGAGGACGUCGAGGAUGUGCGCCGCGAGAUCCAGAUUAUGCACCACCUCGCCGGCCACCCGAACGUGAUCUCCAUCGUCGGGGCUUACGAGGAUGCUGUUGCCGUGCACCUCGUCAUGGAGCUCUGUGCGGGAGGGGAGCUGUUCGACAGGAUCAUACAGCGGGGGCACUACUCUGAGAAGGCCGCCGCGCAGCUGGCUAGGGUGAUCAUUGGGAUUGUGGAGGCUUGCCAUUCUCUUGGGGUCAUGCACAGAGACCUCAAGCCAGAGAAUUUCUUGUUUGUCAACCAAAAGGAGGACUCGCCACUCAAGACCAUUGAUUUCGGGCUCUCUAUCUUUUUCAAACCAGGUGGAAUUUAUUCAGAUGUCGUUGGAAGUCCUUACUAUGUCGCCCCUGAGGUUCUGCUGAAACAGUAUGGCUGCGAAGUGGAUGUUUGGAGUGCCGGAGUAAUAAUUUAUAUCUUGUUGAGCGGGGUCCCUCCAUUCUGGGAUGAAUCUGAGCAAGGGAUAUUUGAACAAGUUUUGCAAGGUGAUCUUGAUUUUUCAUCCGAGCCCUGGCCCAGUAUCUCAAAGAGUGCAAAGGAUUUGGUUAGGAAAAUGCUGAACCGUGAUCCCGGAAAGAGAUUGACUGCACAUGAAGCUCUAUGUCAUCCUUGGGUUUGUGUUGAUGGAGUUGCUCCUGACAAGCCACUUGAUUCUGCUGUCUUAACUAGAUUAAAACAAUUUUCAGCAAUGAAUAAACUAAAGAAGAUGGCCCUUAGAGUAAUUGCCGAGAAUCUGUCUGAAGAUGAAAUUGCAGGAUUAAGAGAGAUGUUCAAAAUGCUCGAUACUGACAAUAGUGGCCAAAUCACAUUGGAGGAACUAAAAACUGGCUUGCAGAGAGUUGGUGCCAACUUAAAAGAGUCAGAAAUCGCAACUCUAAUGGAAGCGGCGGAUAUUGAUAACAGUGGGUCAAUUGAUUAUGGGGAAUUCCUUGCGGCAACAUUGCAUCUGAACAAGGUCGAGAGAGAAGAUAAUUUGUUUGCAGCAUUCUCAUACUUCGAUAAAGAUGGCAGUGGUUACAUUACUCAAGAUGAACUGCAAAAAGCAUGUGAAGAGUUUGGUAUAGGAGAUGCACAUCUUGACGAUAUUAUCCGAGACAUUGAUCAAGACAAUGAUGGUCGGAUCGACUACAAUGAAUUUGUAACAAUGAUGCAGAAGGGGAAUAAUCCACUAGGGAAAAAGGGACAAGGGCAGAUGAGCUUUGGUCUUAGGGAAGCAUUGAAGAUACGCUAGUGAUAUUUUUUUUAACUGUCCACAGUCCAUUGUUUGGUCUUUGUGCCCCAGUCAUUUGCUAUGCUGAUGAUAGUGUGGCCUGAAGGAUCCGCCCCUCACGAUCUGGACAAUUCCUGUUCCAGCUAACCAACGCAGGGCAGGAUUACUGAACUGUGAAGCCAACUAAAGAAGGAAUUCUCUAAUGGAGUGAGCAAAGAGCGAUUCUAGAUGAUUGUGCCAUUUUUCAAUCAGAAGGGGUCACCAUGCUUGUAGAGUGCAUGUAUCUAAUUUUGGCAUUUCAAGCGAUGGAGUGAGCAGACUGAGUAUCCGGUAACUACAGCUGAGCAUGAAUUAGAGUACCCAAGUUCAGUGACAGUAUGACUAUAAAAAUAUAAAAAUGUAUAGGAGAGAAAAAUAUGUAAUUAGUGAAGCUCUUUAUAUGUCCACCGAUCGCACUGAUACUCCCUGCGUUCAUAAAUACAAGUCUUUUUAGAGAUUCCAAUAUGGACUACAUACGGAUGCAAAUGUGUAGUACUGAAUCUGAAUGGAAGAUAGAAGCUGAUGUUUUUUUUCUUGUGCUUGCUCUA